CGGCAUUGAACUGUGCAUGCCCAAUUCCAAGUGUUGCUUGAAGAUCUUGCUGUUUUUAGAGUGCUAUGGCAACGACUUUGCUAAGGAUUUUGUUCCCUCUGCUCCUUUUGACUCUAAAUCCUAAAAGAUCUGGUGGGCAAUAUAUGGAGGAAUGGUGCGUAGUAGAUGAGCAGACCCCGGAAGAGGAGUUGCAAAAGGCCCUUGAUUGGGCUUGCCAAAAGGGAGGAGCGGAUUGCAGUAAGAUACAAGUGGGCCAACCUUGCUAUUUGCCCAACACGUUGAAGGACCACGCCGCUUUUGCCUUCAACGAUUACUAUCAGAAGUUCAAGCACAAAGGAGGAUCUUGCUACUUCAAUGCUGCCGCCAUGGUUACUGCUCUUAAUCCGAGUCACGAUUCGUGCAAGUUUGAUUAUGUUCCUUAACUUCAAAAUAAGUGCUGAGAGAUCAUGAAACCUUGUUCUAUGUUAUUUUCAUUAAUAUGUUAUUUCCAUUGGGGAAAAUUGGGCCCAACUUUACUUGCUGUAUUUGCUCACUCAUUUUUGUUUUUGAUUACUAUUGUUGUCAUUGUCUAAGAGUGGGAUAUUUGGUUUGAGUUAUCAUCAUUGGUCCUCUUGCUUUUCCCCCAUAGUGGCAAGAAAUUGAGGUUAGAAGUAUCUAGUUCCACUUUGAAGAGAAAAUGGCGGAUUGGGGUGCUUCAUGAGUCAUGUCUGUGAGCAGUGGCAGAGCCAACAUUUCAUUUCAGUUGAAGCGUACAUUAAAUUUUUUUAAUAAAUUAUUUUAA